UCUUUGCCCUGGGUCCAGAGUCUACGUCCUACCUACAUAUGGCACUGAGACUACCUGGAGGCUCCAUGCAAGAGACGUCCCUUGUUUUCCAGGCACUGAGGACCACAAUCCCUAAUUCCUGUCAGUUGUUCCUGAGUUCACAAGGAAAGCAGGGUUAUCAAGGAGGCUUGGGGAGAGACAUCCUACCCAAGAUUUUGUGACCUGCAUGUGGCACGCUGCCUAAGAGAAACAGGUAGGUAAUUUGUUGGAGGCCAGAGACUGAAAGCAACAUUUUUGCUUUUAGUGGAGAUGGUGCUGGGGAUCUGGUGUCGGGCAGUCUAUGGAAGAAAAAGAAGAGAGCCCUGUGGCCCAGAGCUGACUCUUAACUCCUCCCACAUUCAGGAGACCAUGACAGCUACUCUAACACUAGAGACCAUGACCAGUGAAGAAGAGUAUGGGCCAAGGAACUGUGUGGUGUGUGGAGACCGAGCCACGGGCUAUCAUUUCCAUGCCCUGACUUGUGAGGGCUGCAAAGGCUUUUUCAGACGAACAGUCAGCAAGACCAUUGGUCCCAUCUGUCCGUUUGCUGGGAGGUGUGAGGUCAGCAAGGCCCAGAGACGCCAUUGUCCAGCCUGCAGGUUGCAGAAGUGUCUAAAUGUUGGCAUGAGGAAAGACAUGAUACUGUCAGCAGAAGCCCUGGCACUGCGGAGAGCCAGACAGGCACGGCGGCGGGCACAGAAAGCAUCUUUGCAACUGAGUCAGCAGCAGAAAGAGCUCAUCCAGACCCUCCUGGGCGCCCACACUCGUCAUGUGGGCCCCAUGUUUGACCAGUUUGUGCAGUUCAGGCCUCCGGCCUACCUGUUCAGCCAUCACCGGCCUUUCCAGCCCCUGGCCCCCGUGUUGCCUCUGCUCACACACUUUGCAGAUAUCAAUACUUUCAUGGUGCAGCAGAUUAUCAAGUUCACCAAGGAUCUGCCCCUUUUCCGUUCCCUGACCAUGGAGGACCAGAUCUCCCUUCUCAAGGGAGCGGCUGUGGAAAUCUUGCAUAUCUCACUCAACACUACGUUCUGCCUUCAAACACAGAAUUUCUUCUGCGGGCCCCUUUGCUACAAGAUGGAAGAUGCGGUCCAUGGUGAGACAGUAGUACAGAACACGGUAUGUACCUUGUGGUAUGAGGUGUGGAGCAAUGGCCAGGAGGCUGCUCAGCCCACCAUCUCUCACAGUAGGGUUCCAGUACGAGUUUUUGGAGUUGAUCAUCCACUUCCACAAAACCCUGAAAAGAUUGCAGCUCCAGGAGCCCGAGUAUGCGCUCAUGGCUGCCAUGGCUCUCUUCUCUCCUGGCCUGGGGUUACCCAAAGAGAAGAGAUUGAUCAGCUGCAGGAAGAGGUCGCGCUGAUCCUCAACAACCACAUUAUGGAGCAACAGUCAAGACUCCAAAGUCGGUUUCUGUAUGCAAAGCUGAUGGGCCUGCUAGCUGAGCUUCGGAGUAUAAACAGCGCAUACUCAUAUGAAAUCCAUCGCAUCCAGGGACUGUCUGCUAUGAUGCCGCUGCUUGGGGAGAUUUGCAGCUGAGGCCCAGGCUUGGAUCCUUCCCCAGACCUCUUGGGAUGCAUUGGAUUGGAAAGGGUAAAGUGCUGGUACCCGAAAUGGGAACCAGAAGAAAGGAGCUCCGUUAUGGCAAAGAAACACUGAACAGUAACUGUCUCUUCGUGCGGUCAUCAGUGGGGCAGGGAGUGGGUAGGGGACAGAGAGAAGGGAGUUGGGUGGCCAUAGGGCCAAAGUUGUUCUCUGGAAACACAGAGGGUGGGAAAGACAGGAGCCUCCGGGCCAGGAGGUGAAUAAAGUUCCCUCUGGGA